AUGUCUUCCAAGUACGACGCGAUCAUCGUAGGAGGUGGGAUUGCGGGCCUCGUUGCGGCCGCUCGAUUAAGCGAGGAUGGUACCAAGAAGAUACUUGUCGUUGAGUCCGGUAAGGAUCGUCGCGGCGAUCCAUAUAUCGAUACACCAGGCUUGUUGAUUGAAACAUGGGGAAACCCAGUGUAUGACUGGUGCUUCUGGACCACUCCACAAGAUGCCUUAGGUGGUCGCCAGCUGCCACAGCCUAGAGGCCGUGUCCUCGGUGGCUCUUCUGCCAUCAACGCGACAGCGAUGCUGUAUCCUUGUCCGCGCGAUUUCGAGAACUGGGGUAUACUUGGAAACUCGGGCUGGGGAUAUAGCGACCUUCUCCCCUAUUACCGCAAAUCGACAAAAUUUUUCCCGCCCUCUAAAGAAACGUCUGACCUGUUAGGACUGAAUGCGUACUAUCAGCCUGAACUAUACGGCAAACAGGGCCCAAUUGCUCAAAGCUUUGCAGAAAGCUUUGGUCCGUUUGAUACUGCUUUCAUUGAGGCAUUAGAUAGCACUGGACUCAGCAAAAAAUCGGACCCGAUCCUGGGAAAGCAACAUGGCCCCUUCACGCCGACCAGUUCGGUUGAUCCAACUAUCCAUAAGCGAUCAUACGCCGCAGAGGCUUACUACUCGGGAAUGGCUGAAGGAAGGGAAAAUGUUGAAGUAUUGUUUGAAACGCACGUUGAUAGGCUCAUACUGCGUAGACCUGGAAUGAAGAAUUCCCUGGUUGAUGCAGAAGGGGUUGUCACCAUUGAUAGCGAUGGAAACAUAAAACGGAUAUACGGGGACACUGUGAUACUAGCAGCAGGCUCAAUUCAGACACCGCUAGUACUAGAAAGAUCUGGGAUCGGUCGCCGUGACGUCCUCGAGCAACACGGAAUCGACGUGGAAAUUGAUAGUCCGGGUGUCGGAGAGAAUUUGCAAGACCAUGUCUUUGCGUCCAUAUCAAUAGAAGUCGCUGAUGGCUUAACUACGAAGGAUGCCGUAAGGAGUCCGGCAGUUGUUGCGGCGCUUGUGAAAGAAUAUAAUGAAACAGAAUCGGGACCUUUAGCGAGCGUACCUCUCAAUUACGCAGUCCUGCCCCCUGUCGACGGAUCUGGUAAUAUCUCAACACAGAAAUUGGAGGAAAUAGUAAAGGUACAUGGUCAAUGGAAUCAAGCUCAAACUCUCGCUCCUGGAAUUCAAGCACAGUUAUCUGAGCUCACAGCCAUGCUGCUCGACAAGCAAAUCUGUGCCCUAUACUUAGGUGCACUUGCUGCCCAGAGCGUUCUAAAUCCGGAAGGGAAAACUUCCAUGGCUGAUGCGCAUUCACCUCAGCGUCCAGAGAACUUCUUGACUAUAUCCAUUGGAUUGAAUCAUCCGAUGUCUCGUGGAAGUGUGCACAUAGGUGGGAAGGCAGUUGAGACGGAUGUCGAUAUACACGGGCCUACCAUCAAUCCUGCCUAUUUAUCUCAUCCACUGGACCGGGAGUUAUUGGCGCGGGGUCUGCAAUUUGUUCGGCGUCUGACACAAAGCGAUGCCUUGAAGAAAGUCCUCAAGCCAGGUGGAGUCUUGUUGCCUCCCACCGCUGCCCAACUUUCAGAUCUGAACAUUGCAAAGCGUGUCAGUCGGGAGAGGGCGUGGUCCAACUAUCAUCCUGUUGGUACCUGUGCGAUGAUGCCCCGAGAAUUACACGGUGUGGUAAGUGAUCGUCUUCUUGUGUACGGCACAAGUAAUAUUCGUGUCAUUGAUGCGAGUGUUUUCCCAAUGAUACUCAUGGGAAACAUUCAAGCAACUGUUUACGCCGUUGCUGAGAAAGCUUGCGAUUUGAUUAAAGAAGAUUGGCUGUCCAAUCGUCGUGAAGAGUUUUGA